CGACGAAUGUCUUGUCGAUGGUCAUGCAAACAGGAGCGGGUUCAAGCCCGAAAAGCCCCUUUUUCCGCCCCACACCUUAGCUUAAUCCACCGCUGACACUUACCCGCUCCACCUACCCCCAUCGCGCCGGUUGGGCAGUCCAUGCCCCAGCUUGAUGUCGCACAACCUCCGGUCGAGCUCGUCCGCCACUGCCACUUCCCCAGCAAGAAUAAGCCCCUCGAGUGCUGCAUCGGACGCCAGGUCUCACGAGGGAUCUGAUACGGGGAGGAAUCUUACUGUCAAAGUCACUCCUCCCGGUUCGCUAUGCGGCUCGCCUGGGCCUGAGCCCAAUCACGGCUUACUCAACUCGCCUUCGAAAGAACUGCAGACGGAGCGGUCGUUGGUGAUACAGCGAUUCGGGCUCGACAAUCCUUCUCUGUGGCCGCUGGCGGACCGAUAUGCUCGGAUCGCGCACGCGCUCUUCAAGGCUCCAAUUCUCAUAUUGCUGAUUCACGAGAACAUGCAGUUAGUGCUUGCUGCGGUGGCAUGUAAACACAAGCCGAGGGAGUCUCUGGUCUAUCGGGAAUCUUUGUGCUCACAUACCGCACUCCGCACGGAUGGGACACUGCUGGAUAUCCCCGAUACCCAACACGAUCGGCGAUUCGAGCACAUUCCUGAUCUUCCCCGGUCGUUUGCUGGACAACCGCUUUUGCUUCCGCUCGAAGAUGGGGGGCCACUCGUGCCCUUCGGCUCGUUCGCUGUCCUCGGAACGACCGUUCGAAAUGAACUGUCGCAGCAAGAACGCGAAUCAUUAUCUGAUCUGGCGCACCUGCUCAGCACCGAAGUGCUGCGUGUAUUCAAUGAGAGCCGGCACCGCAAGGAGGCUUUGCGACGGAAUUUCGUCUCGGAUCUCAUUGCCGACCUGUCCAGCUUUCAUUCCAACAUAUCACCGCCUGUCGAGGCCCGGGACUCACGCGUGCCCCCUAAUCUCGAGGCUGGGUUCCGGAUGCUCUCCGCGACGACUGACGUCAGGCGGAUGCUCGAUUCGGAUUUCACCUGCCUCCUUGAUCUGUCGUCAUUCCACGUCUCGUGGCUCGCACUCGAGUCUCCGCGCAAGCAGGUCACGCGGACGGUGUCCCGGUCGAAACAUGGCUGGAUUGGGACGAAUCAGCGGAUCUCGUCGCUCCCGUCGGACGGCGACGACGCCAAGGCCGAAUCUGCAGGGAUCCGGAUCAUCGACUACAGCUGCGGCUCGCUGUGCCCCGACUUUGCACCGGAAGCGGUGCUGGCCACGCCCCGUGCCAUCCAUGUUCUGACGACGUUUUUGCGGUCGUAUGCUGAGAAUAACUCGGGAACAGGCUACACGUACACAGGAACCGACGGGCCCCUGCAGGCGAUCCUUCCUCCAGGAUCUAAUGCCCAUAUUGCGGUGCCGCUGUUUAACAACGCUCAACCGGCCCUGCUGCUCAUCGUCGCGACCGUCAAAGCGCGUCAGGUUUACGAACCCGCCGACGUCUCGUUCGCAUCCACCUUCGCGGUUUUGUGUCUCGGGAGCUUGGCGAAGACCAAGCUGAUCAAAGCGGAUGCCGCCAAGACCGCCUUCGUGUCGAUGAUCUCGCACGAGCUGAGAACGCCUCUGCACGGCCUCCUCUCGCAGCUCGAGCUGAUCCGCGAGUUUGCGCCGAAGGAAUACCAGGCGGAGACGGAGACGUUCCUGCGCACCGCGGAGGUCUGCGGGCUGACGCUGCGGGAUGUGCUCAACGACGUGCUGGACUUUGGCAAGCAGGAGAACAGCAGCGAUGUCCAGACCCAAUCGGCGGAGAGCGAUCUGAGUCAUCUGGCGAUCGACGUGAUGAACGGCGAUUGCCUAUGGCCGUCGGCGCCAGUGGCAGUAUGUCACAGGAGAAGCAGAUUCUCCGGUGGAAGUCAGCGUCGAAACCGAGACUUCCCCGUCGAAUUGGAAUGCCAUCGUGUUCAGACGUCGGAGGCCUUCGUAGGUCGGGUGCUUCUUAAUCUCGCUUCCAAUGCGCUCAAGUACACGCCCAAGGGCUCGAUCACGCUUAGUCUGCGCGAUCUGGGCCCAGCUCGUGACCGGCAGCCAGAUGGCCACCGCCUGAUCAAAUUCUCGAUGAAGGACACUGGCAUCGGCAUGAGCGAAGAAUUCAAAAAAGAUAUCUUCACCCCAUUCAGCCAGGAGAGCUCGUUCAAUCCGGGCUCCGGGCUCGGAAUGAGUAUCUCUAACACGAUCCUGCGGCGCAUGGGCGGCAAAAUCGCGGUCGACAGUGAACUCGGCAAGGGGACUGUGAUUUCUUUCACGAUCCCGGUGGAGUUCACGCGUCCCCGGAGCACCGAUCUCCCAGCCUCGCCCCGGGUGCUGACCAAGACACUCAUCUCGAAAGACGAGGCGGACCCGGAGCCUACCGCGUCGAGAGCAACGCCGAGUCCGCCGGAAACGCCGGGCAUCCCGUUCCGCGAGGCGAGCGACGGGAGCCAGGCGCUGGAAGUCUACAAGGAGUUUCUCCCGCAUCUCGUAUGGACGGACGUGAGCAUGCCCGGUAUGAACGGGAUCGAAUCCGCACGCAGAAUGCGCAUCGUCGAGCACGAGCGCGGGCUGCGACCGGCUCACAUCGUUGCGCUGACAGGGAUGUCGUCGAGCGGGGAGAUGAAAGAGGGCCUGCUUGGGGACGCCGCUCUCGACGAGUGGCUCGUCAAGGGCCAGGCCAGCCUCAAGACACUCACGGGCAGCCUCGAAUCCGUCCAGCGCUCGCUGCGGCGCAGGUGGAGACCUCCAGCGUCGGCCAUGCCAUGAUUUGGGUUUGUAUUGGUGUAAUGGGAAUAUAUUCGUUUUUAGAUCUGGCGAACCUAGUCUGUAAUCUUUCCACGUAACGUGAUGUACUGGUUGGGGAUGAGGAUACACGUAAUCCCCCGAGCCAUUGGCUCCUGUAUGAACGUCCACAUCGAGCGCACAUCCAAACCCUUGGUUGCAACACAAUUCAGCAUUCCACAUGGGUGUAUGGGUGGCUUCGGCCUCCGCCCUGUGAGACCUCGCCAUGCACCCGCAACGCCAACGCUGCUUCCCGCUUCGACAUCGCGAAGAAAAACAAACGUGAAACGUGGGACGGAACCGUCGGCGCCCGCUUCCAGCCUUCCACGCGGGACCGGGGUUGGCCCACGCACCACCAACGUUUCUCCGCGUCCGAAUCGAGCGAGAAACGCACAGGGUCCUACGUGGACUCAGAAAGAAAAAAGAAGAAAGGACUUGGAAGAGGAAGGGUGGAGCAGCCGAACAUGCCCGCCUCUGAUGAUCCUUGGUACCCGCGAGAGAACCUCGUAAGUCGAAAUGACACGCGGGAGCCACGGCGGCGGCGACAACGUCAAUCAAUCAGUGGCUAUACGCCCGCGUCAAGCGCAUCACGAGGUCUCCGUCACUCUCCGUCCCAUCUGCGAACCCAUCAUGGCCCACAAGUGGAAUUGCGCCUCGCUGCGAAUCCCAGAUUGACGCCGGGUAGCCACGCCGAGCCACUCUACAGCCGCACGGGCACCACGCCCAUCACGAAUCGUGAUCAAGCCACCCACCACCACCCUCGGUGCAUG